UAUAAGUCAGAACACAGAUUUGAUAUUUACCUCAUUACAAAGAAGAAUACCACUUGUUUUCUGCCUAAAAAAAGUGGAAUGCCACCACUGUCCCUUUCUCAAGAGUUUCUCUCAGAUUCAUCAAUAAUAUUAUCAAAUGAUUCACUUUGUGCUUCUGAUUAGUAGACAAGGAAAAGUGAGGCUCACAAAAUGGUAUUCACCAUAUUCUCAAAAGGAAAGAUCCAAGGUACUUAGAGAGUUAAGUGGCUUAAUUAUCUCUCGAGGCCCAAAGCUAUGCAACUUUGUGGAGUGGAGGGGACUCAAAGUUGUUUAUAAAAGAUAUGCUAGUCUUUACUUUUGCAUAUGCAAUGAUCAAGAAGACAAUGAAUUAGAGACACUUUCCAUUAUUCAUCACUAUGUUGAGACAUUGGAUCGCUAUUUUGGCAGUGUUUGUGAGCUAGAUUUAAUCUUUAAUUUCCAUAAGGCAUAUUUUAUAUUGGAUGAAGUUUUGUUGGCUGGAAUGAUGCAAGAGACUAGCAAGAGAACAACUCUUAGACUCAUAGCUGCACAAGAGGAGUUAGUGGAAGCUGCAAAAGAAGAGGCUAGUUCAUUGAGUAAUAUAAUUGCACAAGCCACUAAAUAAGAGCUUUAUUGAGGAGUCAAUUUUAUUGCAAAUAAACAUGAAAAAUGGUUCCCUCCUUAUUUUGUCAAAUAAUAGAACUUAAGUUUAAAAAAAUCCAAAUUCUUACCACUUCUUGUAUUCUUUUUAUUUUUAAUAUUGACUUAUUGUAUCAUAUCUUCAAAAGUUGUUAUUUUCUCUUUGUUUUUUUC